AUGGGUAAUGUAGGCCAUGAUGACCUUCAGAGUGACUCAGAUCUCGAACGAGGCUAUGAACCGGACCUUGAGCAGGGCGAGUUUGACGAUACAAGCGAGGAUGAUUCAGACAUUGGCAAUAUGAAUCCUUCACCCAUGAGUCAUGACCAGCACAACCCGGUAACGCAGUCGCAGCUGGUACAAAAUCGGAAUCUGGCUCGUCUUAAGAAGAAAGGUAUCAAACGACAGGCAAUAGUGAGUAUUACAGUUGGUCCGACUAGUGCAGCAAUAGCACUUGCACUUAUAAUAUAUGUUGUGGGAAGAGCGCGUGGUAGUUGGUCUUAG